UCCUCUGGGCAGACAGGCUGGUGAUGUCCCCUCCGAGCAGGCCAGUGGAGACCGACCUUCCACAGUGCCAGAGAGAGUUGGCUUCUGGGCACAGCUGGGUAAAGAUGUCCCCAUGGGGCAGUUGGACAGAGACAGCACCCAGUUCCAGGAAGACAGAGAGAACUCCCCAGUGAGAGCAGAGGGACCCAGUCCCUGGGCACAGACUCACAGAUAUGGCCCUGAGUUACAACCAGGAGGUGGGGGGCUGCUGGACAGCAAGGUCACUCUGGGGCAUCCAAGCAGAGGUGGCCCCCUGGUGCGGACAGAGCAAGAUGGCCUCUGGGGGCCAAGGGACAGAGACGUUGGCACUGUGAGGCAGCCGGACAGAGAAAGCCCUGAAGUGGGGCUCAAGAGAGAUGCACCCCCAGUAAGGCCAGAGAGACCUGCUGGCUGUGGGCACUUGGCCAGAGAUGAGCUCAGCCUGGUCCAAGAUGGGUCCCUGGCUUCUCUGAACAAUGACUUCCCCAUAGGGCAGCUAGAGGUGGGAGGCCCUGAGGGGGCCCUGGAAUUCCUUCUGCUUGAAGAACGGUGCCACUCCCUGUUCUCCAGGGGCCCACAGGGGCCUGUGCCACGGGUGAUCAUCACCUCUGAGCCUGGGGCUGCACUGCUGGACAGAGAGCAGGAAGGCCCUUCACCCCAUCCCGUGGGGUCCCCGGCUAGAGGUCCUGGAGGCAGUGGAGGCCUGUCAUCUGCUUCUUCCUUCGAUGAGUCUGAGGAUGAUGUGGUCAUCGGGGGUGGAGGCAGCAGUGAUCCCGAGGAGGGUCCUAGGAACAUGUCCUGGAGGAAGCUGAAGACGGCUGUGCACUGUGCACCCUUUGUUGUGUCUUUCAGAAAGCACUAUCCCUGGGUCCAGCUCUCAGGACACAAGGGGAACUUCCAGGCUGGGGAGGAUGGGCGCAUCCUGAAAAGAUUCUGUGAGAGCGAACGGCAGAGCCUGGAACAGCUGAUGGGCGACACUCUCCGUCCAUUUGUGCCUACCUAUUAUGGGGUGGUGGAGCAGGAUGGAGAAGCCUUUAACCAGAUGGAGGACCUGCUGGCUGACUUUAGCACACCUUCCAUCAUGGACUGCAAGAUGGGCAGUAGAACAUACCUGGAGGAAGAGCUCGCAAAGGCCCGAGAGCGUCCCCGACCUCGGAGGGACAUGUAUGAAAAGAUGGUGGCCGUGGACCCCAAUGCUCCCACCCCAGAGGAGCACGCCCAGGGUGCCGUCACCAAGCCUCGCUACAUGCAGUGGCGAGAAACAGUCAGCUCAACAGCCACGCUGGGCUUCCGAAUUGAGGGCAUCAAGAAAGCUGAUGGCACCUGUAACACUAACUUCAAGAAGACACAGGGGACAGAGCAGGUCACCCGAGUCCUGGAAGACUUUGUGGAUGGCGACCGGAGCCUCCUGAGGAAGUACGUGGAGCGCUUGGAAGAGCUUCGAAGGGCCUUGGAAAGCUCCCCCUUCUUCCGGACUCAUGAGGUGGUGGGCAGCUCACUGCUCUUUGUCCAUGACCAGACAGGCCUGGCUAAGGUCUGGAUGAUCGAUUUUGGCAAGACAGUCCCCCUGCCUGCACCCCAGACCCUCAGCCACCGACUGCCUUGGGAAGAAGGCAACCGUGAGGAUGGCUACCUGUGGGGUCUGGACAAUGUCAUUCAACUUCUGGAUAGCUUGGCUCGAAGCUGAGCCUGGGACUCAUGGGGCAGGACUGAAUGGGGGGCUGGAGAGGAGCAGCCCCUGGCUCCCACCUUGGGGUUUUAUUUAUUUUAAGGUAUUUAAGACAGAGACAGAGAGGGCAGAGCCAGAAGGGAGAUGGGGGUGCUUGAAGCAGAAGGCCCCCCCCCGCCCAUGACCCCCAGGCUGUGGGAGCACAAAGGCGGCAGGGGAGCUGGGUGGUGGGGGCAUGAUGGGCAGGGUGCAUGAGAUGCCAGAGCCCCACAACCGCAUGCCUUAUGGGCAGAGAAGGGUCUCUCUUAAAGGCCUCUGGCCUCAAUACUAGAACCAGACAGCAAGGAGGCAGCGUCAGGACCAACGCAAACACUGUGAUUUCGAGGCGUCAUCUAACCUCCUUCCUACCUCUGGGGGUCAGCCCUCUGCCAGGGUUUGAAGGGGGAUUGGGGUGGGGGGGAUCCUUCUUUGUCCUAUGCUCUUCCUACCAAAGACUUGUCCUUUCUGGAUUGCAGUGGGAGGGAAGGAGGCCAAAGGGUGGAGAUAACCAAGUGAGGCUCCUCCGGAAGGUUCUCUGCCCUUUCCCUGUAGCAGGAGAGGAUGUGACCACCACUGCCUAUAAUGAGGUUCCCAGGCCUGGGUGGAGGCAUGCUGGCAGUGUUCAGUGUCCACCCUGGGCCUCUCUGAGCACCCAAAGACGACUCCAUCCACAUGCCCUGAGGGUGAUGGAGUUACCAGGAAGAACGCUCUGGCCCCUUCUGCAGUUUCCUGCUCCCCAAGGAGGAGUUGGGGAGGGGCCUGGAUCCAUCCAGUAACUUGAGGAAGCUUUUGGGAAUGAUCUAGUCUGUUUUCCAUCCAGAGAAACGGGAAGUGGCAGAGCUGAGGGUUUGAGGCCAGACCCCAACUCACCACUGCUGUCUUUUCAUUGCACCAGCUGCACCCCAAGGGUUCUAGCCUUCAUGAGCUCCCCUUCCUGGCCUUGGGGUGUGGGUGGAGAGAGAACAAGGGGUAUGCUCUUCCUCCUUAUUUAUGGAGGGGGUGGGCUGAUGCUGGAAGGGAUGGGAUGGAGCAGGGACCUCCCCACUCCCUUAA